AUGGCUGAAGACGGAACAGGAAAUCAUAAUGGUGGACAUGGACCAACCAGGCCUCCUAGAAGGACCCUAGGUGAUUAUGCACAACAACAUGGUCCUAGGCAUUUCUCUAGCAUUGCAGCUCCAAAUACUUCUAGAGCCGUGGAGAUGAAGCCUGUUUUCCUUACUUUGGUUAGCUCACAACAAUUUGCUGGCCUUGAUCAUGAGGACCCAUAUUCACAUCUUUCAAAUUUCUAUGAGUUAUGUGGAACAAUAGGAAUUCCUAAGGUGAUGAGGAAGCUAUUCUAUCCUUCAUCCAAGUAUAUUAAGGCCAAAUCAGAAAUCACUACUUUCAGGCAAGGUGUAGAUGAACCAUUUUGUGAAGCCUGGGAAAGGUUUAAGUCAUUGCUCAGAAAAUGUCCUAAUCACGGGUUUGAGGAUAUAGCUCAACUCAAUUUCUUUGUUAAUGGAAUCAAGCCUGAGGUGAAAAUGUUAUUAGAUGCAGCAGCUGGUGGCACCAUGAUGACUGUGAGCCCAGAAGAAGCUACUCAAAUCAUAGAAUCUUUGGCAUCUUCUGAUCACCAAGCAGAGCAUGGAAGACACCAAUCUCAUAAAAGAGGGGUUCUUGAUCUCAGUACUAAUGAUCCAAUCCUUGCUCACAACAAGUUAUUGGCUCAACAGAUUGAAGCACUGACUAAGCAGAUGGCCAAGAUUCCACAACAGCUUCAUGUUAUUGCUUCUUCUUCAACUCAAUCACAUUCUUCUUUAAAGUGUGAUUUUUGUGGGGGAGAUCAUCCCAAUGGGAAAUCAAGGUUGGAGAAACAAGAACAACAACCAAGGAUAUGGAUGGGGAAUGAAGCUGGACCAUCCAAUAGGCCACCACAACAAUCACAACAACAUCAUCCUGCUUAUCCUUCUAUGCAUGAAAGAACCAACAAAUUGGAGGAGACUCUGAACCAGUUCAUGCAGGUAUCUAUGAACAAUCAGAAAAACACUGAAGCUUCCAUCAAGAAUUUAGAAGUACAGGUAGGUCAGCUAGCUAAGCAAUUAGCUGACAUGUCUGAAGGCCCAUUUUCAGCCAACACUAAGACCAACCCCAAGGAGUAUUGCCAAGCCAUAACAACAAGAAAUGGGAAGGUGGUAGGUAGUGAUGUUGGGGUCAGUGAGAAAAAUGAAAAGAAAGAAAAUUUUGAAUUGAGGGAGGUUAAGGAGGAGAUUGAGAAGAAUGAGGGAGGAAAGCAAUAA